UGCAAGCUUUGGCCCACCAAAGAGUAAGAGAAGGAAGAAAAAUGGCCAAAGCUGCUUAUCCAGACAGAAGAACCAUUGGAAAGAGCAGCGAUAAUGUACUCGUUCUGCUUCGAGAAUCGCCUUCCCAUCGGUCUAUCUCGACUUAACUGCCACAACAUCAGAAGCAGGGAGGAGCUAUAAUCGAUUAAAUAUACUUCCAACCUUCUAGCAGGUUCAUCGUUUUGUUCUCCUUCAGCAUUGCGAACCGAAAUAUUGAUUUCUUGUUCCGAGUUUCAGAAGUGGUUUGAUAUGUUUAAUGUAAAGGUCGGUGGUUGAUUUGAUUGGGUUUAUGCUUUUAUAUUCAUAUUGGGCAUCUAAAGUCUAUUGGGUUAACAUUCUAGCUAAAGGGUUUGCAUUCUAACUGUUCGAUCAUUUGUCCGAAAGUGAUUUCUGCAACAAAUUUCUUCCAAGAGCUAUGAAAUCACUAUUGCUGCUAAAGCAAUCUCGUAUCAGAUCUUUUCUCCUUGAGAGUACUGGUUUUUUGUCCAUACAAAUUAGGUACAAGUCUGGUGGAGGAAGACCAAAGAAGAAGAUAUAUCAGAGAGUCUAUGAUCUGGACAGAGUUAUGGAGCUUCAGAAGAAGCCAUCCCUUAUUCUAGAACUCAAAGCCAUCAUCCAAAGACAAAAACACCACUCUCUUCUUAUCAGAGACCUCGAGAAAGAAGUUGGGUUUGUUAAAAAAUGGACCUUUAUGUCUGUGAUUGAAAAAUACCCUGCAAUCUUCCGUGUUGACGGUGGAAACAGAGCACCCAUUUCAGUUAGGCUCACGGAAAAAGCAGAAAAGGUUGCUUCAGAAGAAGUUCAUGCUGUAGAAUUGAUGGAACCCAUUUUGGUGAAGAACUUGAGGAAGCUGUUAAUGAUGUCAAUGGACUGUAGGAUCCCACUAGAGAAGAUUGAAUGCAUUGAAUCAGAAUUUGGUUUGCCUAGGGACUUCAAGGAAUCAUUAAUUCCAAAGUACCCAGAAUUCUUCUCUGUGAAAGACAUUAAUGGAAAAUCUUAUCUUAAUCUGGAAAGUUGGGAUUCUUCUUUAGCAAUAACUUCGCGUGAGGAAAAGCUAGAUAUCGUUGCCGUCCAUGAUGGGAGCUCAGAUUUUAGUGGGUCUCAAAAAGGAGCCAAGGUAUCUAGGGAUGGUAGUUUUUCUGGUCCUAAUGCUUUCCGGAUGAAUUUUCCUGCUGGUUUCAGACCGAAUACAAAAUAUCUUGAAGAAGUCCAAAAAUGGCAGAAAAUGCCCUUUCCUUCCCCAUAUUUGAAUGCAAGGAGAUUUGAGCCUGCGGACCCUAAAGCUCGAAAACGAGCAGUAGCAGUGCUACAUGAGCUUCUUAGCUUGACCAUGGAGAAGAGGAUGAGUUCUGCCCAAUUGGAUGCAUUUCAUGCUGAGUAUCAAUUACCAUGUAAAUUGUUGCUUUGUUUGGUUAAGAAUCAUGCCAUUUUCUACAUCACAAAUAAAGGAGCAAGAAGUACAGUCUUUCUGAAGGAAGCCUAUGAUGGAUCAAAUUUGAUAGACAAAUGUCCUCUUUUGAGAUUCUAUGAUAAGUUCAUCGCACUUAGUGGUAGGAGGGAUCCCAAAUUGAGUAAUGAAAUUCCUGCAUAAUAGAUUGGCUAAUGAAACUUGGACUUCAUAGAUUAUCAGAACCAACAGAAUAUGAGUUUUUGUAGAUAAUUUUGCUAAUUUUAUUCUUUUUUAUUUUUUUGCUCUGUUUAUUCAAUUUCAGUUACUACCAGCUUAUGUCCCUGGUUUGUCUUGAUCAAUGGUUAUUAUGCCUUCUUUUAAAUGGUCUCUGUGGCAAGGUUGUUGGUCUAAGAAUGUUACUGAUCUGUUCUGUAAUAGUAUCUUGUAUAUGUAUCACCAGUCCUAGUUUCCUUUUCA